AUGGCCUUUUCCUGCCAGCCAGUGGCUCACCUAACGGGCUCCAACAGCCCCGUACAUGCGGUGACAUAUUCUUCAUCACCUGGCACCUACAUCCUCACCGGUUCCGCGGACCGCGCCAUUCGGCUGUACAACCCACAGCCUACCUCUUCUGUGCCCAAGACGGCCUCGGAGGCAUCUCUCGCCGCCUCGUCGAGCCUGCCGCAGGGCCGGCUCAUUCAGAGCUACGAGGCGCACGGCUACGAGGUGCUGAGCCUGGCCGUCGCCGCAAACAACACAUCGUUUGUGUCGGGCGGCGGCGAUCGCGCCGUGUUCCUCUGGGACGUGGCCGCGGCGGUGACGACGCGUCGCUUCGGCGGCGCCAGCGCCCACGGACACACAUCCCGCGUCAACUGCGUGGCGUUUGCGGGCGAGGGUGACUCCAUCGUCGCCAGCGGCGGCUUCGACACGACGGUGCGGCUGUGGGACGCGCGCAGCGGCAGCGCCAAGCCCAUCCAGGUGCUCGACGAGGCGCGCGACGCCAUUACGUGCCUGGCGGUGCGCGGGACCGAGGUGGUCGCGGGCAGCGUCGACGGCCGCGUGCGUAGCUACGACAUCCGCAUGGGCACGUGCACCACCGACGUGGUCGGCGGCCGCAGCGGCGUCACCAGCGUCGCCCUCACCCGCGACGGCCGCGCCAUGCUUGUCGGCACCCUCGACAGCAGGCUCCGCCUCAUGGACCGCGACGACGGCACCUGCUUGAGGGCGUACGCGGACUCUACCUGGCGCAAUGAGGAACUGCGUCUGCAGUCGGUGCUGGGCGCCAAGGAAAAGUACGUGCUGGUCGGCGACGAGAUGACGGGGGCGGACGAGGCGCGCCCAGGCGAGGGCAGGGUUCUGGCGUGGGACCUGCUGAGCGGCAAGCUUGCCGGUAAGAUAGCGGUGCCAUGGGGGCCCGAGGGCUAUGACGCGCGAAAAAAGGUCGUGGGUAGAGAUGGCAAGGAAAAGGUGAGGAAGAACGUGAUAAGCUGCAUGGCUUGGCGGGACGAUGGCUGGGGAGACCAGUUUUGCGUGGGAGGUACGUCGGGCGUUGUCACUGUGUUUGCCACAUGA